AUGUCUUUUGAUGGGGUGAGACUCGCCUGCCACCCCGCCCCUCGCAUUGCAACCACCGCCUACACCGACAACGGUCUACGAUACCUCCAUAUCCAUUCCUGUCCCAAAGUCAGUUCUACGGUCGCCGAAGAACGAGUUGCCCGUCGCAUCGAACAAGACCGACCGAUGGCACGACCAGGCAUCUACAUCUUAUCGUCCAACCUCAGCGUUCAGCAAGGAUGA